AUGGCAUUUGAGGAGACAUUGAUUUCAGUCUCUGACAAUGCAUUUAUGGAGCUUGCUCUUGAACAGUCAAGAAUUGCUUUGGAAAACCAUGAAGUCCCUGUUGGAUGCAUAAUUGUUGAGGAUGGCAAUGUUAUAGCAUCUGGGAGGAAUCGAACCACUGAAACACGAAAUGCUACCAGACAUGCGGAAAUGGAUGCCAUUGAUUCUUUACUUCGAAAGUGGCAGAAGAUUGGGCCUGACCAAUUGCAAGUAGCUGAAAAAUUUUCCAAAGGUGAUAUUCAUGUUACAUGUGAACCUUGCAUAAUGUGUGCUAGUGCCAUGUUCAUUCUUGGAAUAAGGAAAGUUUACUAUGGUUGUGGAAAUGAUAAAUUUGGAGGAUGUGGAUCUAUACUAUCAUUACAUGAAAAUGAUUCUGAGAACUUGCCCAGAGGUAAUCCUUCAAAUAGGAAAGGUUUCAAAUGUAUUGGAGGAAUCAUGGCAGAGGAAGCCAUUGCUCUUUUCCAAAGUUUCUAUGAGCAGGGAAAUCCUAAUGCUCCAAAACCUCACAGGCCAGUCCGAAUUACCCAGUGA